CGUUGGUCCUCUCACUUAACAAAGCACAAAAAAAACAGAGAGAAAGAAGAAAGAAAAUGGCGCGAAAAUCCCUAAUUUUCCCGGUGAUUUUGCUCGCCGUUCUUCUCUUUUCUCCUCCGAUUCACUCCGCCGGUCACGAUUACCGCGACGCUCUACGCAAAAGCAUCCUCUUCUUCGAAGGUCAGCGUUCCGGUAAACUCCCUCCAGAUCAACGUCUCAAAUGGCGCCGUGACUCUGCUUUACGCGACGGUUCUUCCGCCGGAGUUGAUUUAUCCGGUGGUUACUACGACGCCGGAGACAACGUCAAGUUCGGUUUCCCGAUGGCGUUCACGACGACGAUGCUUUCAUGGAGUAUAAUAGAUUUCGGCAAAACGAUGGGACCGGAGCUAAGAAACGCCGUGAAAGCAGUCAAAUGGGGAACGGACUACCUACUAAAAGCGACGGCGAUUCCCGGAGUCGUAUUCGUCCAAGUCGGAGACGCUUACUCCGAUCAUAACUGCUGGGAAAGGCCUGAAGACAUGGACACGCUUCGUACGGUUUACAAAAUCGACAGAGCUCACCCUGGCUCUGACGUCGCCGGUGAAACCGCUGCCGCUUUGGCCGCAGCUUCAAUCGUGUUUAGAAAACGCGAUCCUGCUUACUCCAGACGUUUACUAGACCGGGCUACACGGGUAUUCGCGUUUGCUAACAGAUAUCGUGGCGCGUACAGUAACAGUCUUUACCACGCGGUGUGUCCUUUUUACUGUGAUUUCAACGGUUACCAGGAUGAGUUACUUUGGGGUGCGGCGUGGCUGCACAAAGCCUCGAGGAAACGAGCGUACAGAGAAUUCAUUGUGAAGAACGAGGUGAUUCUUAAGGCUGGAGAUACAAUCAAUGAGUUCGGUUGGGAUAAUAAGCACGCUGGGAUUAAUGUCUUAAUCUCCAAGGAAGUGCUAAUGGGAAAAGCAGAGUAUUUUGAGUCUUUCAAGCAAAACGCAGAUGGGUUUAUCUGUUCUAUACUGCCUGGAAUUUCUCACCCUCAAGUCCAAUACUCUCGAGGAGGGCUACUAGUAAAGACUGGAGGGAGUAACAUGCAGCAUGUAACAUCACUAUCUUUUCUCCUAUUGGCUUACUCCAAUUAUCUGAGCCAUGCCAAAAAGGUUGUGCCUUGUGGCGAAUUAACUGCCUCCCCAUCUCUCCUCCGUCAAAUCGCCAAGCGUCAGGUGGAUUACAUUCUAGGAGACAACCCGAUGGGACUGUCUUACAUGGUUGGAUACGGUCAAAAGUUCCCACGUAGGAUUCACCACCGUGGCAGCUCCGUUCCUUCGGUUUCAGCUCAUCCAAGCCAUAUAGGUUGCAAGGAAGGCUCUCGCUAUUUCCUCAGCCCAAAUCCUAACCCGAACCUUCUUGUUGGUGCUGUCGUUGGUGGACCUAAUGUCACUGACGCUUUUCCCGACUCGAGACCUUACUUUCAGCAGUCUGAACCCACGACUUACAUCAACGCACCACUCGUCGGCCUUCUCGGUUACUUCUCAACCCAUUCUUCUUGGCGAUGAGCGAUGAUGGUCUUCUUAUUAGUUACUAUCUCUCCUUUAGAGGUGUGCUGGAAAACUUGAGGCCACCCUAAACCCCUUUUUUAUUACUUAAUGUUUAUUGCCACUCUUUUAUUUUCUACUACUUAACCAAUUGUAUUGUAAGCCCGUAAUUAGUGAAGAAGAGAAAGAGUUGUGUCGGUGUUUAAACUUAUCUUCGUAGUUACUACUUUUAUGCA